UAUCUUACAACAUUGAACAGAAAAUACGUUUGUCUAAACGACUAAAGUCACUUCGCCAAUAUUGAGAAAAAAUUAUCUAAACCGACAAAAGAUAACAGAUUGAAUAUACUAAUGGAAGGUUGUGAAUUUGAUUACACAUUUAGAAAUCGUUUUUUUUCAAGUUGCAACUCCCCAAGAAAUAUGUCAACCCCCUGGGGGAAAACUCGGGCAGCACCUGUGAUGCCAUGUUCACUACAAGAUGUGAUGAGUGAACAGCUUGCAACUGAACUACAACACCAAGAAGAAAAAGAAAGUUUAAAUGCGGGGGAAACAAGAACUUUUCAAGAAAUCUUGGCCGCAGCUUCAGAAAAUUCUGCAGAGACCACAGAUGACUGGCUCCUGGCUCAGAUGUUACAACAGGAGUUUGACCGGGAACAUGACCAGGCACUAAAGAUUGAGGAAAAGAAAUUCAAUGGAAACAAUAAAGUGUCCAUUUCAUUUGAAAACUACAGAGCUGUUCAUCCAGCAUACAGAGACGAUGAGGAGGACGACGAGGAAGUAGACCAAGAUGAAAUGGAGAAUAGGAAAAGCGCAUGGGACAGCCCUAGUCCAAAGUUUAAGAAAAGUGGAGUGUCGGGGAAAGGGAAAAAUAUCACCACUAAACAUGAUGCUGUGAUAUGUGGCAGGAGAAAUGCUUCCAAAAUAAUGGAUUUUGGUCCAGAAUUUCAUUCUGGUGAUGGUGAGGGCAUCGACAUGAAGCUGUCAAAUAAAGUCUACAACAGACUGAAGAUGCACUCCCUUUCAGAGACAAAGAGAAGCCAACGGUUACACGAAAAGAAGGAGUUCUCAACCAGUGAACAUGUACUAGACCCUCGCACCAAACUGCUGCUGUAUAAGAUGGUAAAUAAUGAGACACUGGAGUCAGUGGGGGGAAGCAUCAGCUCCGGGAAGGAGUCUGUCAUCUACCAUGCGUAUGGAGGGAGCAAAGAAGGGGUGCUGCUGUCUCAUGAAUGUGCAAUAAAGAUCUACAAGACCACGCUGAACGAGUUCAAGAACCGGGGGGCCUACGUGGACGGCGAUCACAGGUUCUCCAGGGACGAGUUCAAGAAGAACAACCCCAGGAAGGUGAUCCGCAUCUGGGGAGAGAAGGAGACAGCCAACCUCAAUAGGAUGAAGAAGUUUGGGAUCCCUUGUCCUGCAGUACAGGUCCUCAACAAACAUGUGCUAGUGAUGAGUUUCAUUGGUAAAGAUCAGAUCCCAGCUCCUAAACUAAAGAAUGCCCAUCUGUCUGUGGAAGAUCUAGAAGAUGCAUAUGAACAGGUUGUCAAGAUAAUGGAUACCAUGCAGAAUAAGUGUGCCCUGGUCCAUGGAGACCUGAGCGAGUACAACUUGCUUUGGUUCGAGGAUAAGGUGUGGGUCAUUGACGUCAGCCAAUCAGUGGAGCUCACACAUCCAAAGGCAAUGGAGUUUUUGUUCAGAGACUGCUACAAUGUGUGCAAGUUCUUCAAGAAGGCAGGAGUACACAAUGUCAAAGAACCAGAGAAACUGUUCAACCAAAUCACUGGACUCAACAUAAAGGGAAAAGGUGCAGAAUUUGCUGCCCAGGUGCAGAGGUAUGACAAGGAAAGGAGUGCCGAAUUACUGGCCCACCAAAUCACCAUGAAGGAAUACGCCUUCGAUUACUACUUUGAGAAGUCCCAGCAGGACAGACUGCUGGAAGAGCAAGAAGAAGAAGGGGAGGAUCUAGGAGAGGUGUUGGAGGAACGAAAUGACCCGUUUGAAUAUUUCUACGAGAAGUCAUUACAGGAUAAGGCUGACAGAGAAGAGGAGGCGGAAAAUUCCUCAGAGAAUGAGGAGGAUGAUGAUGAUGAGGUUAUUGAGGAGGAGCUGAAGAACGCAGAUGAGAGAACGAUGGACAAAAUAAAAUUAGGAUAGUAAAUGUUACAGGGAAAGGGGGUGGGGUUGUUUUGUUUGUUGUCCUUAUUGAAACUGCCAAAUUUCAGUAUCAGUUGAUUUAUACUAAUAUUCUGUGGAGGGACCCACAGGAUUAUUGCUCUAAAGAGAAAUCCUGUGGGUUCCAGUGGUGACAUUACAUGACGAUGAUGUAUCAGUGUAUUGAUGGGUUUUUUUGGGUGUAGAUGUGAAAGUCUGACUAUAAAGCAGGUUCUUUAUUUAUUCCAGUUAAAAGAACUGAUGUGAUCAGCAUAAUGAAUUCAAAGAAGAAUAUUUUUUAUAAAUCUAAGAGAUGAAAUUGAACUGUUAAUUUUUUUUUUUAUUUUGAUAUUGUCAUUUUAUUUUAUUAAAAUAUCAUUUAACCAAAGUAAGUUUCUAUUUAU